UUGAGAAAGAUGGAGGCAGAAGAGGAGACAGGACUAGCAGGUCCCAGGAGAGGAGUGAGGGUAACACGACACUCGUAUGUGGCCAUGUCAGAGAAGUGGACAGGACUGAAUGUGAGGCUACUGUGUACACCACCCACAUCACCAGUGGCUCCAGAUAUGGAUAGUGUCUUCACUCUUUCUGAGCAUCACAGAUGGAGGUGCAACUGUAGUGUAGCUGGCAGUACAGGUGUAGUUUCCUCCAUGAGCCAGUGAUAUUUGUUCCUCAGUGGAUGGACCGUGCCACUGGAUAGAGACAGAGCUGUCUCUAGCUCUGUGGGAGAGAGCCACUGUGCAGCAUCUUCAUGAUGACUCACUGAUGUUAACGUUGAUGGUAGCCUGUACUAGCCUUGAUGAUACCCCAUUGGCAGUGUAACUGGCAGUGCAGACUCCAGGAGUGGUCAUGACAGGCU